UAUAGUCAGGGCAGGCCGGUACCAUUCGCCCGCUUGUCCCUUCUAAGUGUCGAACUGUCUUCUCGCCGGAUACACGACAAGCCCGCCUCUGCCGUGAACCACCAAACAUGAUACUCGAAUACUCCAUGACCGCCAAACCCAGGCUUCACACCCGCAAAAUCCAUGACACCUACAACGGCAUCAGCCACAUCCCCUUGGCAACGCAUGUUUGUGCCCGUGCCAGAUCCGGUGGCAGCGACCAGCCCCUUGGCCCUCGUCCAGACCAGGUCUUCUCCAUAACCCUCUUCUACGCAGCCAACAGGGCCUGUGAGAUCUACCGCUCCGUUGACGACUUUGUGACUCUCGGCCGUGCCCUGACGACGUCGUUCUACUCCCCCGCGCAGUUAUCACCGUUCCCGGCGAUGCUACUACUACCCUCCUCCCCGAGUUGCACGGAAAAGGAGGACGAUACCCGUACUGCUGCUACUACCAGUCCCGCUAUAUGCUUAUGUACUAGUACUGCGCCCUGCAGCGCUCUUCCUUACUCCCCUGCCUCGACAGACCGGAGGGAAGCCACCGCUGCCCGGCUGAGCUUGGAACUGAACCGCUUCCUUGAGGAUGUACUCGGGAGAAUGAGGGGUGAGAGCAGGCAUGGACUGGACUCGUCGGCGAUGGCGGCACUGGAGCGGUUUCUGAGGCGGAGGGCGGGUGAUUGUGGAGGGAGGUGAUAGGCUUAUGACCUUGAGAGAGGGAGGAAGGGCGAGGAACGCAAGCUUCGCUGUAGCAUUGAUUAGAUGACGAUAUCAAUACCGACCUUAAUCAAAGCCAUCCCUUACAUCCCACCGUCUUCCAUCCGUAAAAUACAGUAGAUU